UUCCAAGUGACAUGAAAACCGUCCUUCGCACGGCCCUCGUCAUGCGCAUUAUAAAAAAUGCGUUCCAAGCGAACAUGAACGAUGAUUCGUAUCGUACACCGUGUUGUUCCAAGCGAUCCAUGUAACGUUUCGGAAUCGGUAAUUGAACGAUCCUUUUGAUACAUGCCUUCAACCAGAAACUAUUUGUACUGACUUGCGCAGUUAAGAUUGUUUUCAUUUUUAUACAUAAAUUCUCACUGGUCGGUCACUCGUCACUGCAAGUGCAAUCAGCUGAUGACUCAAUAGAAAAAUAAGCCAAUCCAAAUCCAUGUUAUUUUUUUUUCUUGGAAUCUUGUGUUUCGGUUAAAUAAAAAUAAUGGACGAUUUUGAAGACAGCGAUUUCAUGUCAGAUAUCGAUUCUGAUGAAGAUUUUGAUGUGAUGUUUAAUGAGCAUGUUAGAAAUGAAAAUUAUUUAGAAGACACUGUACCAAGUUAUUCUGACCAAGAAUUUUUUGAACAUUUUCGCCUGUCCAGGAAUGUGGUCAAUGACAUUUCAGACAGAUUCGAAAGGAGCACCUACUACCAUAAUAACACUGGACCCUUUGGAAAAAUACCAGGAUUACACCAAGUACUUAUAUUUUUAUGGUAUGCGGGGCAUCAAACAUCAAGUUUUCGAGAUGUAGGAGAUCGUUUUGAUGUAACAGUUAGUUCUGUCAAUAGAAUUUUAUAUAGAUUGACCAUGUUCUUGAGUAACCUAUCUCCAGAGAUUAUAAAAUGGCCAACAGCAGCUGAAAAACAUGUCAGCCAACAACAUUUUGCAAAUAAAGGAUUUCCGAAUGUUAUAGGAGCAAUUGAUGGCUGUCAUAUAAAAAUUGAUAGACCUGACAAUGAUCCUGAUUCGUAUAUCAACCGUAAAGGAUUUUAUUCUGUUCAGAUGCAAGCUGUAUGCGACCACAAAAAAAAGAUAAUAGAUUUAUUUUUGGGUUAUCCUGGAUCCGUGCAUGAUAGUCGUGUUUUCAGAAAUUCUCCUCUAAAUGCCAAUUUAGAAAGAAAAUGUCAGCAGUAUUUUCUUUUAGGGGAUAGUGGAUAUCCAUUAAGGAAUAAUUUGCUUACCCCUUAUAAAAAUAGGGGUAACCUUACAAGGCAGCAACAGAAUUAUAAUGUAAAAUUGUCUAAAAAUCGUUACGUUAUAGAACACUGUUUUGGUAUUGUAAAACAAAAGUUUCGUCAACUUUACCAUGUAAAGUUGAGAAACAUACGUUUUAUAGUACAUUUUAUUCGAGCUGCAUGUGUUCUACACAAUAUUGCAUUGGAGGAUAAUUUUGAAGCAGAUGGAGACAAUGAACAACUCAACAUGCAAAAUCACAAUUAUAUGCAACAAGAUAGUGAUGAGGAAGAAGAAAAUGUGGAAGCUGCUGUAGUUAGAAAUAGAGUUGCAAAUACAUUGUUGAAUUGAUAUUGUUUUAAUAAACAAAUUAUUUACCUACAA